AUGAAGCCUUCGGAGGUCGCUAAUCUGCUUGGGAUCCCGCCCCAGAGCGUUCAUAAUAUUAUAAAUCGCGCUAGAUCAGCAGGAUAUAACCCAGCGGUCAAGGCUCUAGUCGAUGAUUGUUAUAUUAUGGAUAAACCUCGCUCGGGACGACCCAAAGUAGCAACUCCGGAGAUUGAGGCCUCUAUAUUGGCAAGUCUAACCAAGGAUCGAUCAGGUCGUGAGAAAUCUGCGGAGGUCCUUGCUUUUGAAGCCGGUAUUUCUGAAUCCUCUUGUUUACGUCUUUUGAAAUUUUAUUCUUUUAGCAAAUGCAAGCCAACUUGGAAACCCGGACUGACAGAUGAUAUGAGAAAGAAAAGACUCGCCUUUGCCCUGAGCCACCGCCAUUGGACCCUUGAGGACUGGAAAAAUAUUAUAUGGACUGAUGAGACGUCUAUAAUCCUAGGCCACCGACGAGGCGCUAACCGAGUUUGGCGACGUUCUUGGGAGUGCUACGAUCCCACAGUUAUACGCAGGCGCUUCAAGAACACUUCUGAAUUCAUGUUUUGGGGGGCGUUUUCAUAUGAUCAUAAAGGACCAUGCCAUAUAUUUGAUCCAGAGAGCGCUGCCGCUAAGAAACAAGCUAUAAAAGAGUUAGAGAUUGUGAAUCGAGGACGAGAACAACACGCACGAGAAGAAUGGGAGUUAAACAAUGCUUUCUCACGUCUCCGAUUAGAGCCUCGACGAGGCCGUCGACCCACGUUCAAAUUCACUGCUAAACUAGGCAAAUUGGAGCGAAAAGGAAAGGGCGGUGUAGAUUGGUAUCGAUAUCAAAAGGAGAUCCUUGCGCCCAAAUUACUUCCAUUUGCAGCAAAGUGUAAGGAAUCAAGACCUCAUACUCUAGUUAUGGAGGAUGGGGCUCCUGCGCAUGCUCAUUUCCAUCAAAAAGAGGUGUACGAUCUGCAUGAGAUCCAGCGCCUCCUUUGGCCUGGGAACUCACCAGAUUUGAAUGCUGUUGAACCGGCCUGGUUUUGGCUCAAGAGACGUACUACUCUUCUUGGAGCACCUGGAGAUCGAGAAACAGCUAAAAAGGCUUGGUUAAAGGCUUGGGAAGAGCUCCCACAAGAUCGGAUCCAAGCUUGGAUUGAGAGGAUCCCCUUCCAUAUUGAAGAAAUUAUCCGCCUAGAGGGGGGAAAUGAGUAUAAAGAAGGUAGGCCUCGAGCAAAUCCAAGGCAGCGCUGCCGCCAGAAAGGGAUACUGUCAUUUCGAGCCUAUCUAGCGGGUGAGCCUGAGGCAGAAAGAGAGUGGGAGAACUGUGAAUAG